UUCUUAAUAAUUGCAUUGAACUGGCAUCAAUACAGAAAAAAAAAAAAGCCAAUUGAACGUAGCAGCUGUCGAAUGUCUAUAUAACUGUAAGGAAAGACAGACGUUUUAAGGAGCAAAGCAUAUGGGUACAAAUCCUCCUCCUUCUUCUUCGAAAGAGGGAUUCAAAAAAGGGGCUUGGACCGCCCACGAAGACAAAAUUCUCACAGAUUACAUUAGGAUUUAUGGUGAACGAAAAUGGAGCAACAUCUCCAAAAGAGCAGGUUUGAAGCGAAGUGGGAAGAGUUGCAGGCUUCGAUGGCUGAAUUAUCUGAGCCCUGACAUCAAGAGAGGAAACAUUACUCCUGAUGAAGAAGAUCUCAUUUUAAGACUCCACAAGCUUUUGGGGAACAGAUGGUCUCUGAUAGCAGGGAGACUACCGGGACGGACCGACACCAAAAUCAAGAAUUACUGGAACACAGUUUUGUCCAAGAAGGUGGAAGGGAAAGGACCAUCAAGAUAUUUAAGAAACAAGAAACCAUAUUACUCAAAACCACACAGAAAUUCUGUGAAUUCUGAAUCCGGAAAUGGAUCACCUGCCUUUUUGUUGUCAACCAACGAAGGAAUAUCUCCAGAGUUAACAAUGGAUUCCAAUGUCGAGAAGAAAAGUUUUCCAGAAAUUCCUUCCGCCGAUGACGGUAGCAUAACUGCUCUGCAACUGUCUUCUGUUCAUGCAUUCCUGUUGCCGGAGGAGAUGAUGGCCAGCCAGGGCAGCAGUGACGGUAUUCAAGCCGCAAUGGAUUCGGAGUUCGAAUUUUUGGCUGAUUUGCUUGCAUCAGUGGAAGAAUGGAUGGCGUGAAAAUGGUUAAUGGAAGAAUAUCAGUAUCCUUAUGCAUACUGAGCAACCCCACGGAAUAAGUGCUUAGUGAAUCUGUAUGUGACAUGCUUUUAUGUUUACUAUAUUUCAAAAGAGUUCUUGUUUUGCAAUACCGUCAUUGUGUACCAAAAACAUUUGAGGAGCUUGUAUAGAACUAAAGGAAUGUGAUCAAA